AUGAUGGACGACUUACGAGCCGAUGCAGUGGAAGCACUACUUUCCUUUUGCACAGAUGAUCAAGAACGCUUCACGUGUUCUCACGAAGCCGGUACGAUACUGAAACCCGAAGAUAGUAAACAAGAUUCCUAUGGAGGCCAGGACCGUGAAAACUCACUUGCUUUUCAGGAGACCUAUGCCGCCACGCAGAUAAUCUCCAGCGCUGAUGAAGUCACUUUCCCUGUUGACAAUUAUGCGAAUUUACUAAUGGGUGAAGAGAACUUUCUGGAAGGUGAUAGUCCUGAUAAUGUAGGUCUGGAAAAUCGUAUGACCUCUUCCCCUUGCGGGCCAAUUCCAUCAAGUAAUUCUAUACCGGAGUCACUUGAUAAUAGAAUCUCCUUUUCUCCAGAUAAUAUUCAAACGCUCUUACUAAAUAAUUCUCAAGGCAAUGCAAGACCUUGGCUCGAAUCUGUCCGCGCUCUGCCCUCCUUUCAUACUCUUUUCGGGAGGAAUCUUUCAGAAUCCAUGGAUGUCUCAGCCAGGACACUGCCCCCCCUAUCUCCUACUCACUACGAGGGAUGGUCUAGUUUUCAGGAACCGUUAAUUGUCAGAGAUUCUUUAUCCUCAAGCAUGACGGCCCAGUUAUCGGCAGAUGAAGAUCCUAUAAGUUAUCCGAGAAAGAGGGCUGCUUCCGACACUGAUUUAGCAACCUUUUCUCUCGGACAGCUUCUGAGCUUUUCUGACGGGGGUCUACUGCAAAACAACAAAAAUGCGCCAAAAAAUGAGGCCAUUCUCAUGCACCCUAAAAUCUUUGGUCUUGAAACACCUACUCCACAUGCAGCAAUUGCUUCAGUUGCGCCGCCAUUGCCAGCAAAUGUUCCUCUCUUAUUAAUUAAGCAGCCCUCAAAUUGUUCGUCUAACAGCUUUAGUAGUCAGGACGUUGAUACGCCAUCAUCUUUAUCGGCUGUGGUGGAAUCUCAAGGCACCUCGUCUGCUCCAGACUGCUCGGAACUUUCCUCAAGUACCUCUCAACAUGAUGUUGACUCGAUAAUUGGACAAGGUUUCCCUCAUGCAAGGACAAGCUUCCCAGUGGGGCACAGGACGGUUACACUAAAGGUCACUCGUUAUGACUCCACAAGACCGGCUACUCUUAUUCCAAUUAAUACUUCUAAUCAUAACUUAGUUCAGUCAUUGCCAGCAAUACAGCAUUUACCCGAGCCAAAUACAGCUUCCCAAAGCGUCAGCUUACCUUUAGUCGGUUCUCCGUGUGCUAAUUCUUACACAAGCUCUCUACCGGCUUCCUAUUUAUCCUCAUCCGCUUUAUCCUACUCCAUUGUUAAUGAGAGCAAGCCAACGACUUCCAGCAACGAUCCUCUUGCCGAAUCCCAUCCCUCUCUGGAAGGGCCCUAUUCUUCUCCAUCUGCAAAUAUGGCUAUUAAUUGUGGCAUAUCAAAGCUAGACGUUCAUAGUAUCAGCAAUUCAGAAAAAUGCAAAGAUCCACUGAGAUCAGAUGAGGCUAAAGUCAGAUGCUAUGCAGGUUCACAAUAUAGAUGCCCGAUUAAGGAAAGCCGGUUCAAUCGUUGGUGCAGUACACCGAGGAAUAAGCCAUUGAAUCGGAAUGCUGUUGACACCAUGGAACUCUGGUAUCAAGCACACGUUGACUUCCCAUAUCCAACUACGGAGGAAAAGUUGGACAUCGCUCGUAGAGGCAGUGUUACCCUUUCCCAGGUAGUAAAAGCACUAUAUAUGAGAUUAUUAUCUUCAAUAAAUUUUAAAGUAUGGCCCACAAAUUUCUUGUCAUUUUAUGAAAUCAAGUAUUCCAUAUAUAUUUUAACUGGAGCGAGAUAG